CUCGGAAGAAGUCUCUCCACGUCUUUUUCUACAGGGUUCAGACUUCAGACGCAUUCAUUUUCUCUAACAAAAAAAAUAAAAAAUAAAAAAUAAAAUCCCUCUCCUCUCCCUCGGCCUCUUCCUCCUCUUCCUCGAGAAAUGUAAGAGAGCGGAAAAUCAAGCAACAGAGGCAGAUACAGAGUGCAAAAUCAGGGUUUAUUUUGAGCAACUGAUAGCUCGAGAUUAUAGUCAAAAUGCCGUUGACGAGAUACCAGAUAAGGAACGAGUAUAGUUUAGCCGAUCCAGAGCUGUACAAGGCUGCUGAUAAAGAUGAUCCAGAAGCGCUUUUGGAAGGUGUCGCCAUGGCUGGCCUCGUCGGCGUCUUGCGCCAGCUCGGUGACCUCGCCGAGUUCGCUGCUGAGAUAUUUCAUGGACUGCAUGAAGAAGUUAUGACAACUGCAGCAAGAGGCCAUGGGCUGAUGGCUCGGGUACAACAGCUCGAGGCAGAAUUUCCUUCAAUCGAGAAGGCAUUUCUCUCCCAAACUAAUCAUUCACCAUUCUUUUCCAGCUCAGGUGUUGACUGUCAUCCUAAUUUGCAAAUGGAGCAGAAUCUAAUUGCUCGUGGAGACUUACCUCGCUUUGUAAUGGACUCUUAUGAAGAAUGCCGUGGCCCACCACAGUUAUUCCUCUUGGACAAGUUUGAUGUUGCUGGGGCUGGGGCAUGUUUGAUGCGUUAUACUGAUCCAUCAUUCUUUAAAGUUGAAACAGCAUCUUCUGGAAUAGCAACUGUAGAGGUUCAGAGGGAGAAGAAAAUUCGAAAAAAGAAGAAAGGAUCACGGUAUAGAAAUGGAGAAACUCCUGAAGUUGUACAAACAUCACACACCAAAUUGCAUGAGUUGUUGUUACAGGAACAUUUUGAGAAUGGUCAUUCUGACCCUGCACGGCUAGUGAAAUUGAAGAGAAGGCAGAUAAAUGGAUCUCCAUUUGAUCUGAAACCUGGGAAAAGUUACAUGGAGAAAUUUGUGCUCACUCCUUCACCAGAGCGUAAACAAGUUUGUGAAGAUUCUGUCACUCGAUCACCUUUGAAAUUUACGUUGGAUAAUUCUAGUGAAUCAGGCUAUGAAAUACAUGAGGUCAGUGUGGUAAGUCCUGCAAAAAAGUCAUUAAAUGGAGUCGAAAGCACAUCUUCAUCACCCAGUGAACAAGAGGCCAUGCUUAAACCUGUUAAGGAUGAGUUGGAUGGGGAGGCUGUUGAUCGUGGAAUUAUUAAGGUACUUGACCCAAUUGUUGAUCGCGGGAUGGAUGAAUUGCCUCCAACCGUCUAUAAGAUGGCUAUUGAAGAGGAAUUAUUAGUUGAUGCAGAUAUAAAAAGAGAGGGCACUGUAGAUGGGGAUCAUUCUGAUGAUAUGGCAAGUGAAGUGGACAACUACAUGGAUGCCCUUACUACCAUGGAUUCUGAAAUGGAAACAGACAAUGAGUAUAAAGCUAAAAAUGCUCCGGACUUCAUCAAUCUGAGGAUACAAGGUGCAGAUUCUGAUGCAAAUGAGGAGCAGCUGGGUUUUCAAGCUAAUUCUUCAGAUUCUCAAUCUAUUGGAAACUCUUCUCUGUCUGAGGGUGGGAACAGUUUGUUUAAGAAAGGAACUUCUAGCUCUUCUUACUCCGAGACUCUCUACAAUUUGGUUGAGAAUACAGCAUCUGAUGGUGAAGGAUCAGGUAAAUGGUUCCCUUCUGCCACUUCUACUGAAAACCAUGCAACAAAUGUUACUGAUCUGCCAUCAGAUCAUCCACCUGUAUAUGCGGAGACUGGCAUAACCGAAUCUCAUCACCUUGUAACAUUCAAUGAUACAAGGGAAGACAAAAUCCCUGAUCCUGUUGAAGCUUCUUGUAGUUCUUGUCCUACAGAUUCGAAUCCUGUCUUCCUGCAUUCAGUUCCUGUUGCACGUUCCAUGGUAAGCCCCUUGUCAGGACCUGAAUUAGUCGAGGCAUCCUCUGGCAGUACUGAACUUGGCUCCAAAUCACCGCACUGUGAAAGAAAUGGGUUAUACCCGACUGAUUCUUUCAUUGCUUUAACUGACAUCCCUUCACAGAUGGGGCAUGAUGCUUCACUUCCAGAUUCUUCUAAAAGUCAUUCUGUGGAUGUGUUAGAUCAUGAAGAUCCAGACAUGUUAACUGAUGCUGUUGUGCAUGUGUCGAACAUGUCAGAUCUGGCUUCUGAAAAGAAAGUCAGUGAUGAUUCUGUGAAUGAAGUGCUUCUAACAGAUUGUGCAGCUGAACAUUCAACUUUGACACCAGCAGAGGAGCAAUUUCCUCACUCAGCUUUGCCUGUAGUGGAGUUGGAUGCUGGUGUCCCAUCUCUGCCUGAUAAUUCAAAUGUUGUGAAGCCUGAUGGUUUGGUUUCUAAAGCAGAUGAUGAAAUUUUAACGAGGGAAGGGAGCACAGAAAUUUCAACACCAGUGGUGGAUACUUCAGAGUCUGAGUGCAUUAACGAGCAUCAAUUCUCUGAUGUAACAGUAGAUGCUUCACAAGAGGAACUUGACUCAACAAAAUUAAGACUCCCAUGUUCUGAAGAGAAUGUGAAACUUGAAGAAAUUUCUGAGGGUCCAGAUGCUGAGGAAAAGAAUGCUUCCACGAAGAAAGUGGAUAUUACAAGAGGAGAUGCUACUUAUUUCGAACAUGAAUCAUGUAGUUCAGAUAAACCAACUCCUGAAGAUCAUGUAAAUUUGGCUGAUGAUGUAACUGAAACUGUUAAAGCAGAAGAUAUGGCUGUAUCAACUGCUGCUACAAGUGGUGUAGAUGCUGAGGAAAAGAAUGCCUUCACGAAGAAAGUGGAUAUUACAAGAGGAGAUGCUACUUAUUUCGAACAUGAAUCAUGUAGUUCAGAUAAAUCAACUCCUGAAGAUCAUGUAAAUUUGGCUGAUGAUGUAACUGAAACUGUUCAAGCAGAAGAGAUGGCUGUAUCAACUGCUGCUACAAGUGGUGUAGAUGCUGAGGAAAAGAAUGCAUUCACGAAGAAAGUGGAUAUUACAAGAGGAGAUGCUACUUCUUUCGAACAUGAAUCAUGUAGUUCAGAUAAACCAACUCCUGAAGAUCAUGUAAAUUUGGCUGAUGAUGUAACUGAAACUGUUAAAGCAGAAGAUAUGGCUGUAUCAACUGCUGCUACAAGUGGUGUAGAUGCCGAGGAAAAGAAUGCCUUCACGAAGAAAGUGGAUAUUACAAGAGGAGAUGCUACUUCUUUCGAAGAUGAAUCAUGUUCAGAUAAACCAACUCCUGAAGAUCAUGUAAAUUUGGCUGAUGCUGUAACUGAAACUGUUAAAGCAGAAGAUAUGGCUGUAUCAACUGCUGCUACAAGUGGUGUAGAUGCCGAGGAAAAGAAUGCAUUCACGAAGAAAGUGGAUAUUACAAGAGGAGAUGCUACUUCUUUCGAAGAUGAAUCAUGUUCAGAUAAACCAACUCCUGAAGAUCAUGUAAAUUUGGCUGAUGCUGUAACUGAAACUGUUAAAGCAGAAGAUAUGGCUGUAUCAACUGCUGCUACAAGUGGUGUAGAUGCCGAGGAAAAGAAUGCAUUCACAAAGAAAGUGGAUAGUACAAGAGGAGAUGCUGCUUCUUUCGAAGAUGAAUCAUGUUCAGAUAAACCAGCUCCUGAAGAUCAUGUAAAUUUGGCUGAUGAUGUAACUGAAACUGUUAAAGCAGAAGAUAUGGCUGUAUCAAUUGCUGCUACAAGUGGUGUGAACAAUGAAGAUGUCAGCAAUGUGAUCUGUCCGUCUUCAGAGUUAGUUUGUUCACCACCUAGGAAUUCUACGGAGAUGGUAGAAUCUCUUUCAAUCUCCGAGGAUCCAAAUCAGACUACUUUGAACCUUGAUGAGGUAACUUCUGCCAAAUGUCUGUCAGAAUCACAGGUAAAGAUGGAAGUGACUUCUACAGAUUGGGAUUCUAAUUCAUACAAACCAGUUUCUGAAGACUAUCGAAAUCAAGAGGUAAUUGAAGUUCAUAACCCUUCUUCGGAAGUGAGCAACCAGGAGUCUGAAUCUAAAGAUAACCAUCAGAGUCAUUGUGGGGAGGUUGGUGACAAUACUGUUUGUUCGCCUGUCUGUUAUCCACCAGAGUCAGGAAAUGGUUUAGAACAGUCAAUUGAGGUGCAAGCUGAUCAAAUUAGUUCAGAGUCCAUGCAUGCAGACGAUGCAAGUUCUUUGUUGAGUAGUCAAACUUCAUCUGCUGGCUACCUUUUAGGGCCAGGAAUUCCUCUGGAUCACACAUCAGAAUUGCAAUCUGAUCAACUAGACAGGAGAUGCUUGAAGUCAGGCGAAGCAAGUUCUAGAUCAGCAGAUGUUAAGUCAGAACAGAUACAGAAUCUGCAUAACAUAACCGAGGAAAGAUGCCCUGACCCUUCCAGUUUGAAAGAUCUCUCCAGUCAAGAAUUUCUACUGCAAUCAGCCUGUCAGGGACAUAAUGUUACUGAUCAAGCAACAAAUCCAUUUGAUUCUGCUUUUCCCAGCUUUGGUGUACUCCCUGUUCCUGAGACAAGCCAGGUCAAUCCAGAGGCAAUGCCACCAUUGCCACCUCUACCUCCUAUGCAGUGGAGGUUGGGGAAAAUUCAACCUGGUCCACUAGAUGCAGACAGAGACAUGAUGGAUCAUAGUCAACGCACUUCUCAACCAAUUGAAACAUUUAUUCUUGAUCAGAAGGUCCAGUUUGAUUUCCCAGCAUUAGAUAGAGAGAUUGUGCAUCCUUCAAACCCAUUUUUGUCUCUCCCUGUUGAAGACAGUCAGAGGUCUCAACACUUGACAACAGAGUUAAUGGGAAAUUCCUUGCUGCCAACUCGACUCUUGUCAGAAAUGCCAACCAUUGACAAUGAUGCACAAUAUCAACAGGAUGACCUCCUGUCAGACAGAACACAAUCUGUGAACUCAUCUUUGGCUUUAUCAGAAAUGCCUGAUGAGAGGCAUGAGCAUGGUUUCCUUCAACUAGGAGGAGAAUCCACGCAAUUCAGUUCCAAUCCAUUCUCACUAGAGCUGGGCAUAAACGAUACAGCUGCUUUAAAUGAUCCAAUGCUCACACAGGGACUACCAAUCCGUCUGUUUAACCAAUCAGCACCCGAAACAGGAUUGGAGGUGAAAUUUCCCGGACAGAGUUCACAAAAUGCAGAAGGGGAACAAGGGAAUUCUUCUGGUAAAUCUGCAGUACCACUAAAUACAGAAGAAGAGCAGCAUCACCAUGAUUUUGUAACUUCACAUGGACUGCCAAUAUGGCCGCCAACUACAUUAGGUAUGACACCACCAACAUAUGAAGUUGGAAAGACAAAUGGAAAGAAGAUUCCUCGCCCUCGAAAUCCUCUCAUUGAUGCUGUUGCUGCACUUGAUAAAAGCAAGUUGAGAAAGGUGGCUGAACGAGUUCGACCGCAGCUGGGACCCAAGGUAGAAGAAAGAGAUUCACUGCUGGAACAGAUACGAACCAAGUCCUUUAACUUGAAGCCUGCAACCGCGACAAGGCCUAGCAUGCAGGGUGUUCAGGGUCCAAAAACCAACUUGAAGGUUGCUGCCAUCUUAGAAAAAGCAAAUGCAAUUCGCCAGGCAUUGACUGGAAGCGACGAAGAUGACGAUUCAGACAGCUGGAGUGAUUCUUAAUCAAAACUCUUGUCCACAUCAUGUCAAGGUUGCAGGAGAUAUUGCCUCGAGAUUCUUCGGAGAUGUUAUAUCCUCUCCCUUAAAGUAAAUAUCAAACGUCUACAAUUUUUGGUAUUCUUUUGCUCUCUGCACUAUAUCAUGUAUAAUAUACUCUUCCUCCCCCCUCCCGCUCAUGUCUUCAACCCCUACAUAUAUUCAACAAAGAUGUACUUGCCAGUAUGCUGCUCUCUGCAUCCUUAGAAUUCCAGUGUCGAGGUGAAAUGGUUCAAGAUUGACUGUGGGUCAGCGUGUAAGCGCUCUACCCAAAGAAUUGUAUUGUUCUUUCUCUACGUAUAUUAGCAGGUGUAAAUUGUUGGAGUCGCAUAAUUUGUGAUGUGCAAGGAACAUCAUGAAAUUUUGCAACCUUGUAUGUUUUGUCACGAUACGUAGUUUCUGCCAUACAUUGCUGUUUGUUUCUGGCUUAGGAACAAUCCCUUGAUGGUUUGGGUGAUUCUUUACUGUAAUUAUCACUGAAUUGGCACGAUGAUUUUGUCUACUUACGAUUGAAUAUAUUAUAUUGCAGCCAAAAGUUGGAUA